CCUACCAUCGGAGAGCCCAUUGGCAAGAGCGAACAGGACGCAGACGCAGGAGAUAUCGCAGGAAGGCGCCGACGAACGCAGUGUCCAUCGCUUCAGCUGAUGUAACCAGACAGCCUAUGUUGGAGUCAGUUAUUUUAGAGUAGCAACUUCGUCAUUAAACGAGACAAAAGAAGGCGAGAAAAUGGGACAUACCGCAAUACCUAUAUUGAUGGCUGUAUUGUCCUACUGCGUGUGGGAAAACGUCGAGGCUCUGGCCAUGACUGAGGUGAACGGGCCAGGCCCCCAGGUGGCAGAGCCGCAGAUUGCCAUGUUCUGUGGCCGUCAGCUACUGCACAUGAACCUACAGACGGGCCAGUGGGAGCCGGAUCCUCAGGGCCGCCAGGGCUGCUUCAAAGAACCAGGCGAAAUCCUGUCCUACUGUCAGGAGAUGUACCCAGCACUUCCAAUCUCCCAUAUAGAGGAGUCAAAAAGACCUGUCACCAUCCCCGCCUGGUGUAAGAAAGGUUGGGGCCACUGCCAGACACACCCCUUCAUAGUCCUGCCCUACCGCUGCCUAGAGGGCGAGUAUGUGAGCGAGGCCCUGCUGGUGCCCGACCGAUGCCGUUUCCUCCACCAGGAGCAGAUGGAUGCUUGCGAGAGUUACGUGUACUGGCACAACAUUGCUAAGGAGGAAUGCGCUGCAGACAAUCUGGAGCUCCACAGCUACGGGAUGCUGUUGCCAUGUGGAGACCAUUUCCGGGGGGUCGAGUAUGUGUGCUGCCCAGGCCGAGGGGGUUCCAGCGGUAAAGGAGAGGCGGAGGAAAGAGACGUCCCUGCUGGUCCUCAGACACAGACCAGCGGAAAGCUUAAUUCUGUCACCAAAGUGACGGCCCCCACUCCAAGCCCCACUCCUGACACAGAUGUGGACGAGGCCGAUAUGGAAGAGGAGGAUGAUGAAGUGGUGGAGGAAGAGGAGGAGGAGGAGGAAGAGGAGGAGGAGGAAGUUGAUGAGGAGGAGGCGGCGGAAGAAGAGGAGGAAGAGGAGGCAAUAGCCGUGAAAGAUCCAGAGGAGUAUGAAUACCCCAUUGACUCAGGUCCCUACCAGACAUCUGACUAUCUGGACUCCUUUUACUACGAGAAAAGCCACAAACCCACCACAUCUGUACCUCUGAUGAAGGGAGACAGCUUGACUACACCUCGGCCCACAGAUGGCGUUGACGUUUAUUUUGAGAGGCCAGUGGAUGACACUGAGCAUGCCAACUUCCUGCGUGCCAAGACAGACUUGGAGGAGCGCAGAAUGAAGCGCAUCAAUGAGAUAAUGAAGGAAUGGGCAGAAGCAGACAACCAGUCAAAGAAUCUGCCAAAGUCAGAGCGACAGGCCCUGAAUGAGCACUUCCAGUCUGUGCUGCAAACACUGGAGGAACAGGUUGCUGGAGAGAGGCAGAGGCUGGUGGAGACUCAUCUUGCCAGAGUGGAGGCCAUACUCAACAACAACCGCCGCCUGGCCCUGGAGAACUACCUGACUGCCGUACAGUCUGAUCCCCCUCAGCCAGAACGCGUGCUGCAGGCUCUGAAGCGAUACAUGGCCGCAGAACAAAAGGACCGUAGACACACACUCAGGCAUUACCAGCAUAUUGUGGCCGUCGACCCCCAGAAGGCUGAGCAGAUGAAAUUCCAGGUGUACACGCAUCUGCAUGUAAUCGAGGAGAGGAUGAACCAGAGUCUUGCACUGCUGUACAAGGAUCCUACCUUGGCUGAGGAGUUGCAUAAUGAUAUCCAGGAGCUGGUCAAGGCAGAAAGAGGAGACAUCAGUGAGCUCAUGACCACCUCCUUCUCUGAGACCCGCACUACUGAGGAGCUUCUGCCGGCUGAGAGCGAGGAGGAAAAGGAUGAUGAAGAAGAAGAGGAGAGAGCCUUCCAGAACAGGCCUUAUCCUCCCCGCAUUGUGCAGUCUAAUAAGAAAGUGUCUGCAGUUGACGAAUAUGAUUAUACCACAUCUGAGAGAGGCCCUACUUAUGAAUAUGAGGAAAAGAUCAACACCUCUGUGGAGCUCAAGCAGGUAGUCAACAAGCCGGCUGAGAUCGAGAGAGAUGAAUUGCAACCUGAUGCAUUGGAGACAUUUAACCGUGGUGCCAUGGUGGGGUUGCUGGUGGUGGCCGUGGCGAUUGCCAUGGUGAUGGUAAUCAGCCUGCUGCUGGUGCGCAGGAAGCCAUACGGCACUAUCAGUCAUGGCAUUGUAGAGCAGGUCGACCCCAUGCUGACACCAGAAGAACGACAGCUCAACAAAAUGCAAAACCAUGGCUAUGAAAACCCUACCUACAAAUUCUUUGAACAGAUGAACUGAGGUACUGGGGCUGCCAACAAGUCAUGCCUGACCACUUGUUUUGUCCUCCCCACUCUUCCUUAUAGUGGUGUCCCAGCUACACUCCCUUUGACGGAUUUAAGAUGUGUUGCAAACAUAAAGUAACUGAAUAAGUACGGGGUAUGUCCCAAACCUAUUGUAAAUGACCAACAACAACCUAUCAUCAGAAUGUGAAUAAUGAGAUAUGAUACAAACUCACAUCACCUAUUGUAAUCUAAUACUCCUCUGGGUAAGAGUCUGAGGAUUGUUCUUUCCAUUAGCGGUUCCACAGCUUUUCAUAAUCAUGAAAACAUUCACCUGAUACACUAGAAAACCAUCCCAGUGGCAUGACUUGACCUGUUGCCCCUCACUAGCAACUGAAGUUGAACGGUGCAUAAUACUUUAUUUUAUUUCUUUUUCAGUAGUACUCUUUGUUCAAAUUGUACCACAGUUAAGUAAUGAUGUAUCUGUGUAGAUGAGUGUGAGUGACAGCCUAAUUAAAUUACGGUGUAAUUCUCAAUUGAAAAUCCACUUAGUGAAAAAAGGCAUUUGCCAAGCUAAUUGUCAAACUAACCUUACCUCCAUGAGCUACUCUAACAUUGGACAAAACCAGAGUAAGAAUGUGGAGGUGUUUGCGUUGAAUGUGUGAGACGUUUAGGCAUUAAUUUCAAAAAUGAAAGGCCAAAAAGACCACACUAGUCGAUACGGAACUACUGUAUGUGCUGGAGGUACAAAAAACAUCACGUUUUUGACUUCUGAGGAUCUGCCCUCAAUAUUAUUAUGAAUUAUUUGGCAAAAUAUACCAAAUAUUCCAUUUAGCUAAUUUAGUCAGUGAAUGAGUUUGAUUUUAUUUGCACUGCUACCUAAAGAACUGUAAAACUGAAUAAUCAGAAGUCCGUUAUUUUAAUGAAAGCAUGACAACUUGGUGUAUGAUGCUGCUGUAUUUAUUUGUGUUGUUCUUGUCAUCGCUUUUGAAAAGUCAAAAAUGUCACCGUUCAAAAUGAACACUGUAAAUAACGUAAGAAAUACAUACUACUAGAUGUAGACAUUUCUUUGAUUAAUUUACAUUGAUGUAAUGGAAUAAUACAUAAAAAUAGUACAUUGUGCUGUUACGAGAAGGAGAAACAUUUUCCUAACAUGGCUGAUUGAAAACGGACUGUUGUAAAAACCAGCACAAGACAACGACACAGUAACUUUUUCUGAAUGUAUUUAAGGUAGACGUUGAGAUUCCAUCUUGUUUUCAGUAAGGCAUCAUUCCCCUAGUAGUACGAGUAGUAAGUUCAACACAUCUAGACAGACUACAUGCCUGAUGCCCUUCUCAUCACUUCCUGUAGCAGCCUGUUCAUUUUCACAUUUGGCAGGUGUGUAUCAGAGCCGAGGAACUUAAAGCUUAGGCGAAUUAUACUGUACAGAGCAGCAGAGUGUAAAGAGGCCACAGCUAAAGGCAUGAUAGUAGUAAAACAUGCCAUAUGUCUUUAAAUCUGCCAGAUUGACAAAUUUGGACUCAACAACAUUGAAUAUUAGUAUUCUAUAGAUGCUAUAUUUAAGUUACUCCCCACAUAAAUAGCUUUUCACUGAAUGACUCAUCGUUUGUCAUAUUUAUGAUCAACAUAGUACCCUGCAUAGGUAAGUAAAAAGGGAUAGCCCCUUUUUUUUCUGGCUGAUUGUUAACUGCCUGGUGUGUUAAGUUGAUUUCCAUUCCACCACUUAAUUCUGUUAAGGCAGGUCACAUUGUAGGAUGUUGCUUUUCAUUUAUCAGUCUUUAACUAUUAUAUAGAUAAUCCACACCAAAAUCAGUUCUUAUUUUAUUUAUGUCUUACUGGUGGUAGUUUUCUUUAAAAACCUGCAUUUGUCCAUUAUGAGGAAAAGUCACUGUUUUUGUUUUGUAAAGUUUUCUUUGAAAAAAGUGAAAUACUUUGACUAUCAGAGUUAUUAUUUAGCAUUAAUCGUUUCUAUUGCAGGUUGCAGUUGUGUUAUGACGGGUGAAGAGAAGUCAUAGCCCUUGUAUAAUUUGUACAGCUACAUUAGUGAAUGAAGACAUUGUAUGUUCACAGUUUAAGUCAGUUGAUCUUGUAAUGAUACUACUGAAACCAUAGAUGAGAAUAAGCUUGCCUGUGUUUCCCAAACCACUGAAGGUUUCCUACCAGCAUUUAGCAGACUUAGAAUGGUGUAUACUGUAGUUACUCAAAUCACAUUUGUACGUACGUCCUCUGUCAAAUUCUAGACUUCUUUGUUGGUCUGUCCCCUUACUUCCCAAUGAAAUAUAAACAAUGUUAUUGAUGAGAUUUUAAUUGCUGCAUUAUUGCCUUUUACAAUGCUGUGUUUUGGAUGUAAUUAUUCUGUAUUUUUUAUUUAUGUGUAAUAAUCAUUUGGAUCAAGGGUCAUGCUUUUCACCUGUAAUGUAAUUUUAGAGGCUUGUAUGACAAAACAUUGACAAGUUUGUAACGUUCCGAAAUGUGAAAUAGAGACUCUGCCUAAUUGACAAGGAGGGGCACUAAGCACAAGCAGAACCAAAUUGCUCAAUUUGUGUACAGGUUGUUAAAUGUUAGACAUUCAUUCUGUCUGUCUUGAUUUCACUGAUGAUUUCACUGAUACUGCAUUGAUUCUAGGGAUGUUGAGAGCAUCAUUGAGAGAGCUGUUCUUCAUUUUCAUUCAGACAUGUAACCAAAGACAUGCUCCACAAAUACGCAGACGGAUAUUCCAAUUUGGCAAAAUGUUCUCUGUUGUGUAACUGUAUUUGCAAGCAAUCUGAGAAAUUAAAACUGGUCAAGCUAAUUAAUAGUGUAAUAAAAAGGAAUGACCCAUAAAA